UUUCAGAAACUGUAUGACCAAGGUGCUAGGAAGUUUUGGAUUCACAACACAGGCCCCCUCGGCUGCUUGCCUCAAAACAUCGCCCUGUUCGGCAAAGACCCAUCCCAACUGGACGAGCUCCACUGUGUGGCGAAGCACAACCGUGCCGCAAAGCUUUUCAACUUACAGCUGCACGCACUUUGCACGAAGCUGAGGGCAGAAUUCGAUGGAGCCAGCAUCACUUACGUGGACAUCCACACGAUCAAAUACAGCCUGAUCGCCAACUACUCUCGAUACGGGUUCGAGCACGCCACUCAGGCAUGCUGUGGAUACGGAGGCCCACCCCUGAACUACGAUGGUAACGUACCAUGUGGACACACAGUGUCUCUGGAUGGUAAGAUGGUCACCGCAAAAGGGUGCAGCGACACUACUGAAUUCGUCAACUGGGAUGGGAUACAUUACACGGAAGCUACAAAUUUCUAUAUCGCGUCGCAGAUCCUGACCGUGAAGUAUUCUGAUCCUCCGUUCGUGGAUAAGAUGUCGUUCGUCAUAAAACCUAGAUUCUGAUUAGCAUACAAUUUUCCCUCUUUACUCAACCACUUUACAGCACCGGUUGCAGAUACGAUGUAUACUUAUUACUUGCCAAUAACCAUAUAUAGCUUGAGUAAAAAAAUCAUAUAUACGGCUUGGUUUCAGUUGUCCAAAA